CUCAUUAUCUAUGCAUUUUUCACGAUCAUAUACAGACUCUACUUUCACCCUCUGGCAAACUUCCCCGGCCCGCGUCUGGCAGCUGUGUCUAAUCUUUGGUACGCACGUGCCUGGUUCACUGGAAGAUACCCGGAAAGGGUCGAACAAGCGUUUCAAAAGUAUGGAGAUGUUGUACGCAUCGCACCUAAUGAACUCGCAUUCGUAACUCCCGAGGCUAUCAAAACUAUCUACGGCACAGCUAAGCAGAAUCGCGAAGUCUUCGUCAAGACGCCUUUUCAAGACUUUGGCCUCAAGUCCCCGGGCAUCACAGCGGAGAGAGACCCCAAUGUUCACCGUCAAAUGGCGAAGAUGCUGGCGCCGGCCCUGAGCAUUCAAGCGAUCCGGAACCAGGAGCCUGUGGUGCACGAGCAUGUUGAUCUGUUGGUUCGUCGUAUCAGGCAAGAGACAAAAGAACGCCCCGCUGUUGAGAUGAAGCAGUGGAUUGAUUGGCAUGUUUGGGAUGUCGCUAGCGACAUGGCAUACAACCUCAAGUGCAACCAAGUCAAGGAUAAAAAAGAUGAGCUCUUCUUCCAUAUGUUCGUCAGGGUCGGCCUCUGGGCAACGAUCCAGCAGGUUUCCAAGCGCUUUCCCUGGCUCAGUCCUCUCAUCUGGUUCUGCGUGCCGCCCAAGGUCGCCCUCACGUUCCCCACCGGCAUCAAGGUUCAGAGACAGAACAUCAAACACCGCCUCCAAAAUGCCGAAAAGCUGGGACACGCGGACUACAUGGAACAGUUCAUCUCGCAGGACAAGAUGGAUCCCAACGAGGAGUGGCUCCUGGCGCAGGCCAACGUCAUGAUCGUGGCCAACUUUGAUCCCAUGACGAACGUUGUAUCGACGGCGCUCUACUACCUUCUCACGGUCCCGAGAGCAUACCAUCGGUUGCGCGAGGAGCUCAACGGCACGUUCAAUAGCUACGAUGCAAUCGUCCACGACAAUCUGCAAGGGCUCAAAUACCUGCACGCUGUCAUUUUCGAAUCCCUCCGCAUCCAUUCCAACGCCGCCUUCGGCAUGCCGAGAUUCAGCCCUGGUGCGGUUGUCGACCGGUGGUAUGUCCCGAAAGGUACGACUGUCCAAACUUGCCACUUCGCAAUGACACGAUCGGAGAGAUGGUGGAAGGAAGCCCGAUCUUUCUACCCGGAGCGCUUCUUGCCGAACGACCACCAGUAUCACGAUGCACGCUUCGACAAGGAUGCCACGAGCUCCUUCGCCCCCUUUUCUCUGGGCCCCCGUGGUUGCCCCGGCGUGAACCCCGCUAUGCAACGUCUGAGGAUCGUCAUCGCGAAGCUCGUGUGGAGCUUCGACAUGGAGCUGACCAACAAGAACCGAAUAGAUUGGCAGAGGGACUCCUAUCUGUACGGCAUUUGGGAAAGACCACAGCUCUGGGUGAAGGCGACCCCGAGGCCCGACGAGCAAAAAACGUUGCCCACUUGA